AAACAGUCUCCCUUUGACCUGUGCAAGCUUUGAUCGUUUCUACUGGUGACGAACGACCGCCGGGAACAUUUCAUUAAGGUUGUGUGAGUCCGUAUAUAUAUAUAUAUAUGUAUAUAUAUAUAUACAUAUAGAGAUUCGAUAUCGGGACGUGCGUUUGGGUGGCGUUAAGGCAAGCUUUUGAAAGGACGUUGAUCGAAGGCAAGCGACUGAGUUUACAAUGUCCCUCAGAAUUUUGGUCGGAUGCAAGCGUGUCGUCGACUACGCAGUUAAGGUUCGCGUGAAACCUGAUCAGACCGGAGUUGUAACACAGGGUGUAAAGCACUCUCUCAAUCCUUUCGAUGAAAUUGCUGUUGAGGAAGCCGUCCGACUCAAGGAGAAAAAGUUAGCUCAGGAGAUCAUUGCUGUUUCAUGUGGCCCACCUGCAUGCCAAGAGACAUUGCGCACAGCUUUAGCAAUGGGGGCUGAUAAGGCAAUUCACGUAGAGGUCCCCGAUGCAGAGUAUGCAACUCUGCAGCCCCUGCACGUGGCCAAAAUUUUUGCUAAGCUGUCGGAGAGGACACAGGCUAACCUUAUUUUAGUAGGAAAGCAGGCAAUUGAUGAUGACUCGAACCAAACUGCGCAAAUCACCGCUGGUCUCUUGGAUUGGCCUCAGGCCACAUUUGUAUCGAAGAUUGAGCCACAAGGUAGCGACUCUGCAAACAUUGUUCGUGAAGUCGAUGGUGGACUCGAGCAUAUUAAGGUUAAGCUUCCAGCUGUUGUAAGCGCUGAUCUUCGACUCAACGAACCGCGUUAUGCGACACUGCCAAAUAUUAUGAAGGCGAAGAAAAAGCCACUCGAGAAGUUGACCGCAAAGGAUCUUGGUGUGGACCUUAGUGCUCGAAUCAAGGUUAUAUCAGUUGCAGAGCCACCAGUUCGUGAGGCUGGAGCGAAAGUCGAGAGCGUAGACGAAAUGCUUAGUAAACUCAAGGAGCUAGGACGCAUUUAGAUAACUAGAUCUUAGGAUUCAUCAGAACAGGUAGUCGCCUUGCAUUUGUAACAAUCCUUGACUGUCACAAACAAAUUCCGGACCCGCCCAAUACCGCUCAAACGUAUGUUCCAUGGGUCAUCUCACAUUUGACCCGAACUGCAAUUUGAGCCAAAGCAGUAAAGAAACGCACCAGCGAUAUUUUGUAGCAGCUACUGGUGUCACGUAACAUGUACUGACUGGUUGGAAACACUUCGACGUACUUACUCAUCGCACCGGGUCAAGUGUUCUUCGAACUUUUGCAUUAAGCUUUACCAUGCUCAACAUAACAAUGAUGAAGAUAUAUGCAAAGCUACAUAUCUGCGCAGGUUGAAUUGAAGACUGCACUGAUAUUUUACAGGUGUCGUAGGCGUCAAACACACACGGCGUUCUGGGCAAUUAGAGUAUAUAUAUGAAACAAGAUGAACUGUAAAGGUAGACCAGAAAAUGCGUUGCUCCGUAUGUGUCUCUGGCAAUAAAUAGUCUCUUUUAUAAACAAACAGUAUGUGAAAAUAUAUUAAACGUAUGCGAAUGUUACGCAUAACUAUUUUAAUAAUGUUCGAGUACAUGACCAACUCCAGGCACAAGCCGUGUUUUAAAGAAUAUUCACUUAAUAAUAAAUAACUGUUUUGUACAAAACUGAA